AUGGUUAGACCAAUAGGAAUAAGAAUGCCAAUAGAAGCCCCUAUCAAGCUUCAAGAUGGAGGAGAUAGAGGUAAGAUACUAAACAUAGCAGCUCAUGAUCCUCAAUUAUGGAACUCAGUAAUAGAUGUAUGGAAAGGAAUAGUAGUAGCAGAUUACAUACAUCAUUAUAGUGAGACAGAUGCAGAAACUAUGUAUAGAUACAUGAAAACCUUUUUAGGAGAAUCAAUCAAAGGAAUGUGGGAAGCAUACAAGGGUAAGGAAGAGCAUGCAAACCAUCUUCGUAUUGUUCUUAGUGUCCUUGCGGAACAUAAAUUGUAUGCAAAAUUUUCUAAGUGUGAAUUUUGGUUCUCCUCAGUUGCCUUUUUAGGGCAUGUGGUUUCAAAGAAAGGGGUAAUGGUAGAUCCCCAAAUGAUUGAAGCAGUCAAGAACUGGGUCCGGCCUAGUUCUGUAACUGAGGUUAGGAGUUUUAUGGGGCUUGUCAGCUACUAUCGACGGUUUGUGAAGAAUUAUGCCUCUAUUUCCAUGCACUUGGCAAUGCUAACUGAAAAUGAGGUACCUUUUGAGUGCACUGACAAAUGUGAACAGAGCUUCCAAAAGCUCAAGACUCUUAUGACCACAAUAUCUAAAGGAUGCUCAAUAUAA